AUGAAGUUCACCAAUACUCACAAACUCAAGCAAUCAAUCACCCAAGAGCAGUACGACGAACUCGAAGAAAGUAUCAUCUUCGAUAAGUCGGACGCUGAUGGUUUGACGUUUCCUCAUUAUUAUGCCCUCGUUAUUACUUUAUGUAUUUUGGAUACUGAUGAUAAACGCAUUAUGAUAGAUGACCGGAGCGGUGCGUGUAUUAUCCAUCCCCGAGUGCUUGCCCAGAUGAGUCUCAAAGACAAGAUAGUGCCACGCUGCAUCGCGCUAACUGUCUUUAACAAUGAAGUUGAGCAGAUAUCCGGAGAAAUCACACUCCCCGUUUUGGCCGGCGGCAUGACUCUGGAAAUGACAUUCGACAUCAUGGACCAGGACACCGUGUACAAUGCCAUAGUGGGACAACUGUGGAUACACCCAUGA